AUGGCAGGAAACCCGGAAGAAGAUGCGGUAUACCGCGCAAUAUGGCAUGACGAGGGCUCAGUUAAUGCGGCAAGAGUGACAGUGAUAUCACAAAGCCACCAAGGCGGUGUCAUACUAGAAGCUGCGCCUCAGCAAAAGGGUAUGGUUCUCCGCAGCGGCAACGUCCUGUCUGGCGAGCAGUCCGAGGACAUGUAUGUCGACUGUGGAAGCCUACCAGCUACUCAAUCUAAGACUCCCAAGAACAAGAAGAAGAAGAGAAAGGCGGUGGUGGCCAUUGUCACUAAAUUACCCACGAUAUCUAAACGAGACGAGGACGGGACAUUGAUGAUCCAGUCGCAGGCAUCCCACGAGAAAAAUGCGACAGAGGCUCCGUCAGAUACCGGGGAAGGUACCUCCAAGUCAGUUCAAGGCAAGGCGAAGAAAGCAAACACGACAAACACUAUAUCUCAGUCUCCGCCAAUGGCAUAG